AUGAAGGUCAUAAGAGAUAAGGAUAUCCAAUCCUUUCUUACAAAGGAAUUGACAAAAGAGUCUAUUCUCCAUCAAUUUCAACCAAUUUUGUUGAGAGGUUUAUCUACAUAUGCAUGCAAUCCAAAUGCCAUAGUCCCUCCUAGAAUCGUGCAACAAUCAAACAAUCCAGACUCCGACACGACACAUGUGUAUAUGCCAUGCAUAUCGCCUGAUGAGGUAGGUAUAAAGGUCAUCAGUGGUGGACCCUCAAAUAAUUCCAAAGGUUUGGGAUUUCAAGGAUGUGUGAUGAUUUUAGACGAAUUCACUGGCCAAUUGAAUGCAAUAAUCAAUGCUGCUUGCUUAACGGCAUUUAGAACCGCCUUAGCUAGUGUUCUAGGGCUUACUAGAGUAGUGCCAGUUGAUUCUGAAAACAUUUUGCCUGAGAUCUCCGUUUUUGGUGUUGGACAACAAGCAUAUUGGCAUAUUAAGUUAGCUUUAGUUUUAUACGAAGGAAAGAUUAAAGGUGUUAACAUAAUGAAUAGAACUUUGGCAAAUGCAAAAAAGCUAAGCAAAGAGUUGGAGAAAGCGUUUGACAAUGUUGAAUUUAGAGCAUACCUGUUUGAUGAGGACUCAAAAUACAAUCUGCAUAUCGCAAACAGUUCCAUUAUAUUUGGAUGCACUCCAUCGACAUCGGCCGUGAUAAAGCAAACUUUUUUAAACAAAGACCCCAAGUAUGCAAAGUUUAUUUCCCUAAUUGGAUCGUACAAACCGCAUAUGAUUGAAUUGGAUUUGGAUUUUAUGCAUCACCUUAGAAAUUCUGGCGUGAGGGUAAUCGUUGAUUCGAAAGAGCAUACAUUACAUGAAGCAGGGGAAUUGAUUCAGUCGGGUUAUACUGACAACCAAUUGGUUGAGAUUCAUGAAUUGUACGAUGAAGAAGACUUUAGCUCAGUUACUGAUUCAACAACCGGUAUAACAGUACAAAAGAUUGUUGGGUUGUCGAUUAUGGAUUUGUGUAUGGGGAAGUAUAUAUAUGAGAAAAUUGGAGACGAUGCCGUGAUUGUAAAUGACUUUUAG